ACUUAUUUAUUGGAUUUUAGUUAUGCUGAACAGUCUAUUUUUUGUAAAUAGUAGUGGUGAUGUAUUACUUGAAAAGCAUUGGAAAUCUGUUAUUCAUCGAUCAAUUUGCGAUUAUUUCUUUGAUAUUCAGAAAAAGAGCAUUCACCCCGAAGAUGUGCCUCCAAUAAUUUCAACUCCACAUCAUUAUUUGAUAAACGUAUAUCAGAACAACUUAUUUCUAGUCGCAGUUAUCACAGUUGAAACACCUCCCCUCAUGGUCAUCGAAUUUUUACACAGAGUAAUUCAAACCUUCACACAAUACUUUGAUGAAUUUUCGGAUUCUUCUAUGAAAGAAAAUUGCGUGAUGGUUUUUGAGUUGCUCGAUGAAAUGCUGGACAACGGCUUUCCACUGGUGACGGAAAUGAACAUCCUUCAAGAUUUGAUCAAGCCGCCCAACUUUCUGCGCAAUAUUGCUAAUCAGGUCACCGGCCGUACAAACCUUUCUGAAACCCUGCCAACGGGGCAGCUAUCAAAUAUUCCAUGGAGGCGACAAGGAGUGAAGUACACAAAUAAUGAAGCGUAUUUUGAUGUGAUUGAGGAAAUUGACGUGAUUGUUGAUAAGCAAGGAUCCACUGUUUUUGCCGAGAUUCAGGGAUAUGUUGACGUUUGCUGUAAACUGUCCGGAAUGCCUGAUCUCACAAUGACCCUUAUCAACCCAAGACUUCUAGAUGAUGUAUCCUUCCAUCCAUGUGUCAGAUACAAGCGCUGGGAGAACGAGAAGGUUCUUUCAUUUGUUCCUCCAGAUGGCAACUUUCGUCUGUUGUCCUAUCAUAUUGCUGCACAAAAUAUGGUUGCCAUUCCAAUCUACGUUAGACAAGUGAUCUCCUUGAAACCAAAUGCUGGAAAACUUGACCUCACAGUUGGACCAAAGCUAAGCAUGGGUAAAGUGCUGGAAGACGUUGUUCUUGAAAUCACAAUGCCAAAAUGUGUACAAAACUGCAAUUUGGUGGCGAGUCACGGAAGAAUCGCGUUCGACCCGACGACUAAACUAUUGCAAUGGACCAUUGGAAAAAUUGAAGUCGGAAAACCAUCAACACUCAAAGGAUCAGUUGCUGUGAGCGGAACUACUGUUGCAGAGAAUCCACCAAUUUCACUGAAAUUCAAAAUUAACCAGUUGGUUCUGUCCGGAUUAAAGGUCAAUCGUUUGGAUAUGUACGGCGAAAAGUACAAGCCGUUCAAGGGUGUGAAAUAUAUAACGAAAGCCGGUAAAUUCACAAUUCGCACUUAGUCUUCCAUCAACAUUCUCUGUAUCUCAUCUUGGUCUCAACACUGCUCUUUCAACCAGUUUACUUAAUUUAUAAAAUGGCAUUACUCUUCUAUUUUAAGGACUUUUUAGUUUAUUGAUUGUUCUUAAAAUAAAAUUGUUUUAUUGUU